AUGUCCGGAAGACCAAGUGUUGCCCGUGUGUACGCGCCCGUGAACGAGAAGCUGGGGAGAUCCUGGUGGGACUAUGACAACUUGGUGGUGCAAUGGGGCGUCCAGGACAACUAUGAGAUUGUGAGAAAGGUCGGACGAGGAAAGUACUCCGAGGUCUUUGAGUCCAUCCACCUCCCCUCCGACUCCAAGUGCAUCGUCAAGGUCCUGAAGCCUGUAAAGAAGAAGAAGAUCAAGAGGGAGAUCAAGAUCCUGCAGAAUCUGGCGGGUGGGCCGAAUGUCGUCGGGCUGCUGGAUGUCGUGCGAGACAGUCAGUCAAAGACGCCUUCGAUCGUCACUGAAUAUGUCAACAACACUGAAUUCAAGACCCUCUAUCCCAAAUUCACCGACUUUGACGUGCGGUACUACAUCUUUGAACUGCUCAAGGCGUUGGAUUUCUGUCACUCCAAGGGCAUCAUGCACCGUGAUGUCAAACCCCACAACGUCAUGAUUGACCACGAGAAGCGUACUUUGCGGUUGAUCGACUGGGGACUGGCCGAGUUCUAUCACCCCGGUACAGAAUACAAUGUCCGUGUGGCCUCGAGAUACUUUAAGGGUCCUGAACUACUCGUCGACUUUCAAGAGUACGACUACAGUCUGGACAUGUGGAGUUUAGGAUGUAUGUUUGCGAGCAUGAUCUUCCGCAAGGAACCCUUCUUCCAUGGACACGACAACGCCGACCAGCUCGUCAAGAUUGCCAAGGUUCUUGGUACUGACGAACUUUAUGCCUACCUUGAACGCUACGACAUUGAGCUUGACACCCAGUUUGACGACAUACUAGGCCGAUAUCAGCGAAAGCCAUGGUCGCGGUUCAUCACUAGCGACAACCAAAGAUAUAUCUCGAGCGAGGCUAUCGACUUUUUGGACAAGCUGCUGAGGUACGACCACCAGGAGAGAUUAACAGCCGAGGAGGCCAUGGGACAUGCGUACUUUGCUCCCGUGCGAGAAGCAGCUGCCAAGGCUUCUGCCGGUCAGUCUUAG